AUGACAACCAGCUACCCCAAUACUCCUGUGGAGCAGGACACAGCGGCGGUGCUGACCUCCUGCGACUUUAACCUGGACAGCGACCCAUUCUGUAACUUCAAACAGGACUACACAGACGAUAGCGACUGGACGAGACACAAAGGGGUCACCCCGACAGAAAGCACUGGCCCCCCUGGAGACUACCCUGAUGGAAAGGGAUUCUACAUCUACCACGAGGGUGAUAACGUGGCAAAUGGAAAGAAGGCCCGUCUGCUGAGUCCUGUCAUCUCGUCACCAUCCAAUCAGAUCUGUGUCCAGUUUCGUUACUACAUGUAUGGCUCAGACAGUAGCAACGUUUUCAGGGUGCUGGCGAAGGAUUCCAGCAAAGAGGAAAAAGUCUUUGAGAAAGUCGGAUUACAGAGUCCAUCCUGGCUUCUGGGUUCUGUCACAGUGUCAAAACCAAGCAGCGAAAAUGUUCAAAUCAUCUUCGAGGCUACAAGAGGCUUGACUGCUUCCUGUGACACAGCUGUGGACAACAUUGUGAUAAACGACGGCGCAUGUCCUUAUGACUCCUGUGGGUGGACGACUGAAAACGAUAUCGACGAAAUGUUUGGAUUUGAUUUCUUUGCUGGAUCAACGGAUACUGAAGGAAGUGGACCCGAUGAUGACUACUCGAAACCUGGCCUGGGCCAAUACAUGUUGAUGGACUCUGCUGAGGCUGUCCCUGGUGUCAAGUCUAAGCUCAUAAGUCCUCUAUUAACCCCAACCUCCAAAUGUCUGGACCUCACCUUCUACUAUACCCUGUUUGGCACCAGCAACAACAUGGAGAUCAGCGUGCACACCAUCAGUGAAGGUGGAACCAUUGGACCUGCUCUCUUCACUGUCAGAGGAAACCAGGGUCAAGGAUGGAGGCCUGCAGAGGUCCGCUACAUAGGAACUGCCGCCAUCAAGUUUGCUAUUGUGGGUACCUUUGGAGAGACUCCACUGACAGAUAUUGCUGUUGAUGCCGUGUGUGUCCUGGCCUGUAAAGCACUACCAACCACUCCUCAACCUCCUGUUACAACUCCUGGUCCAUCAACACCAAAACCAACAACUCCUGGACCUACUACACCCAAACCAACAACUCCUGGGCCAAGUACACCCAGACCAACAACUCCAAGACCAACAACAACCAAACCACCAAAUCCAUGUCCUCCUAAUUCAGAGUAUAUAGACUGUGGUCCAGCUUGUAUUCCCACCUGUAUGGAACCCUCCACCAACUGCACUGGCUCCUGUAUUAGCGGCUGCUUCUGCAAACCAGGGUUUGUCUUUAAGGGGCGGCGCUGUGUGCCAUUGGAACAAUGUGGCUGCUUGGAUGACAACAACAACUAUUAUGAGCCUGGGGAGAUUGUUGUCGGUGAUGGCUGCUCAAAGCUGUGUCACUGUGCAGGGAACUACACUUUGGAAUGUGUUGAUAACUCCUGUGCCGCAGAUGAAGAGUGUCGAGAGGUUAAUGGUGUUUCAGGCUGCUAUCCUAAAGGUACAUCUUCGUGCAUAGCGUCCGGUGAUCCCCAUUACACCACCUUUGACAAACGAAAGUACAACUUCAUGGGUAACUGUAGCUAUUUGAUGUCUGCACCGUGCAAUACAACAUCUCUGCAGUACUUUGAGGUCCAUGCCGACAAUGAAAAUCGUCACAACAGACCAACCAUCUCCUAUGUGAAAGCCGUACAUGUGUAUGUACGUCAUGUGAAGAUCUCCAUUCUUAAAGGUGGUACUGUCCAGGUGAAUGGGACCAAUGUUAACCUGCCUGUGUCACCGGCCCCUGGUGUCUCUGUGUACAAAUCUGGAAAGCACUACACAGUGUCCACAGACUUUGGUUUAACUGUUCGCUAUGAUGGAAACCACUUCAUGGACAUUAAAGUUAUUAAAGACUACCAGGACAUGCUGUGUGGACUGUGUGGAAACUAUGAUGGAGAUACCAAAGAUGAUUUCCGUAAACCAGAUGGAAUAUUGACCAACAGCGCCAAUGAGUUUGGACACAGCUGGAACACUGAUCCAGAGUGUAACAAGAAGCCUAAUACCACCAUCCCUGAAUGCGAUGAAGAAGAACAGGACCUUUACGAGAGCUCUGGAUACUGUGGCAUUUUGCUGGACCGAAAUGGUCCCUUCGCUGUGUGCCACCCCAAAGUCAACCCCAAUAAUUACUUCCAGGACUGUCUCUUUGAUCUGUGCGAGUUGGAUGGAGCCAAGCCCAUUCUGUGUGAAGCCAUUGAAGCAUACGUCAAUGAAUGCCAGGACCGUGGUGUCAGUGUUAGACCCUGGAGGAAUGAAACCUUCUGCCCUCUGAAAUGCCCCCCCAACAGCCACUAUCAGCCCUGUGCAGACCCCUGUCAGAACACCUGUUCUGGGAAACCUCCAUCCUGUGGCGGGCCUUGCUCUGAAGGCUGUGUGUGUGAUCCAGGCUACAUCCUGAGUGCUGGAAAGUGUGUCCAGGAGAGUUCCUGUGGUUGCAAACACACUAACGGACAGUACUACGAGCCAGGAGAGGAGUUUUAUUUGGAGGACUGCCAGAUAAAGUGCAGGUGUAAUGCCCCCUUCGUUUCCUGUUCGGCCCAUGACUGCCCCCCAAUGCAGGAGUGUAAAAACCUGGACGGAGACUUGGGAUGCUAUCCAAUCGCACCACCAACAACUCCUCGUCCAUCAACACCAAAACCAACAACUCCAAGACCUACAACAACCAAACCACCAAAUCCAUGUCCCCCUAAUUCAGAGUAUAUAGACUGUGGUCCAGCUUGUAUUCCCACCUGUAUGGAACCCUCCACCAACUGCACUGGCUCCUGUAUUAGCGGCUGCUUCUGCAAACCAGGGUUUGUCUUUAAGGGGCGGCACUGUGUGCCAUUGGAACAAUGUGGCUGCCUGGAUGACAACAACAACUAUUAUGAGCCUGGGGAGAUUGUUGUCGGUGAUGGCUGCUCAAAGCUGUGUCGCUGUGCAGGGAACUACACUUUGGAAUGUGUUGAUAACUCCUGUGCCGCAGAUGAAGAGUGUCGAGAGGUUAAUGGUGUUUCAGGCUGCUAUCCUAAAGGUACAUCUUCGUGUAUAGCGUCCGGUGAUCCCCAUUACACCACCUUUGACAAACGAAAGUACAACUUCAUGGGUAACUGUAGCUAUUUGAUGUCUGCACCGUGCAAUACAACAUCUCUGCAGUACUUUGAGGUCCAUGCCGACAAUGAAAAUCGUCACAACAGACCAACCAUCUCCUAUGUGAAAGCCGUACAUGUGUAUGUACGUCAUGUGAAGAUCUCCAUUCUUAAAGGUGGUACUGUCCAGGUGAAUGGGACCAAUGUUAACCUGCCUGUGUCACCGGCCCCUGGUGUCUCUGUGUACAAAUCUGGAAAGCACUACACAGUGUCCACAGACUUUGGUUUAACUGUUCGCUAUGAUGGAAACCACUUCAUGGACAUUAAAGUUAUUAAAGACUAUCAGGACAUGCUGUGUGGACUGUGUGGAAACUAUGAUGGAGAUACCAAAGAUGAUUUCCGUAAACCAGAUGGAAUAUUGACCAACAGCGCCAAUGAGUUUGGACACAGCUGGAACACUGAUCCAGAGUGUAACAAGAAGCCUAAUACCACCAUCCCUGAAUGCGAUGAAGAAGAACAGGACCUUUACGAGAGCUCUGGAUACUGUGGCAUUUUGCUGGACCGAAAUGGUCCCUUCGCUGUGUGCCACCCCAAAGUCAACCCCAAUAAUUACUUCCAGGACUGUCUCUUUGAUCUGUGCGAGUUGGAUGGAGCCAAGCCCAUUCUGUGUGAAGCCAUUGAAGCAUACGUCAAUGAAUGCCAGGACCGUGGUGUCAGUGUUAGACCCUGGAGGAAUGAAACCUUCUGCCCUCUGAAAUGCCCCCCCAACAGCCACUAUCAGCCCUGUGCAGACCCCUGUCAGAACACCUGUUCUGGGAAACCUCCAUCCUGUGGCGGGCCUUGCUCUGAAGGCUGUGUGUGUGAUCCAGGCUACAUCCUGAGUGCUGGAAAGUGUGUCCAGGAGAGUUCCUGUGGUUGCAAACACACUAACGGACAGUACUACGAGCCAGGAGAGGAGUUUUAUUUGGAGGACUGCCAGAUAAAGUGCAGGUGUAAUGCCCCCUUCGUUUCCUGUUCGGCCCAUGACUGCCCCCCAAUGCAGGAGUGUAAAAACCUGGACGGAGACUUGGGAUGCUAUCCAAUCGCACCACCAACAACUCCUCGUCCAUCAACACCAAAACCAACAACUCCAAGACCUACAACAACCAAACCACCAAAUCCAUGUCCCCCUAAUUCAGAGUAUAUAGACUGUGGUCCAGCUUGUAUUCCCACCUGUAUGGAACCCUCCACCAACUGCACUGGCUCCUGUAUUAGCGGCUGCUUCUGCAAACCAGGGUUUGUCUUUAAGGGGCGGCACUGUGUGCCAUUGGAACAAUGUGGCUGCCUGGAUGACAACAACAACUAUUAUGAGCCUGGGGAGAUUGUUGUCGGUGAUGGCUGCUCAAAGCUGUGUCGCUGUGCAGGGAACUACACUUUGGAAUGUGUUGAUAACUCCUGUGCCGCAGAUGAAGAGUGUCGAGAGGUUAAUGGUGUUUCAGGCUGCUAUCCUAAAGGUACAUCUUCGUGUAUAGCGUCCGGUGAUCCCCAUUACACCACCUUUGACAAACGAAAGUACAACUUCAUGGGUAACUGUAGCUAUUUGAUGUCUGCACCGUGCAAUACAACAUCUCUGCAGUACUUUGAGGUCCAUGCCGACAAUGAAAAUCGUCACAACAGACCAACCAUCUCCUAUGUGAAAGCCGUACAUGUGUAUGUACGUCAUGUGAAGAUCUCCAUUCUAAAGGUGGUGAAUGGGACCAAUGUUAACCUGCCUGUGUCACCGGCCCCUGGUGUCUCUGUGUACAAAUCUGGAAAGCACUACACAGUGUCCACAGACUUUGGUUUAACUGUUCGCUAUGAUGGAAACCACUUCAUGGACAUUAAAGUUAUUAAAGACUAUCAGGACAUGCUGUGUGGACUGUGUGGAAACUAUGAUGGAGAUACCAAAGAUGAUUUCCGUAAACCAGAUGGAAUAUUGACCAACAGCGCCAAUGAGUUUGGACACAGCUGGAACACUGAUCCAGAGUGUAACAAGAAGCCUAAUACCACCAUCCCUGAAUGCGAUGAAGAAGAACAGGACCUUUACGAGAGCUCUGGAUACUGUGGCAUUUUGCUGGACCGAAAUGGUCCCUUCGCUGUGUGCCACCCCAAAGUCAACCCCAAUAAUUACUUCCAGGACUGUCUCUUUGAUCUGUGCGAGUUGGAUGGAGCCAAGCCCAUUCUGUGUGAAGCCAUUGAAGCAUACGUCAAUGAAUGCCAGGACCGUGGUGUCAGUGUUAGACCCUGGAGGAAUGAAACCUUCUGCCCUCUGAAAUGCCCCCCCAACAGCCACUAUCAGCCCUGUGCAGACCCCUGUCAGAACACCUGUUCUGGGAAACCUCCAUCCUGUGGCGGGCCUUGCUCUGAAGGCUGUGUGUGUGAUCCAGGCUACAUCCUGAGUGCUGGAAAGUGUGUCCAGGAGAGUUCCUGUGGUUGCAAACACACUAAUGGACAGUACUACGAGCCAGGAGAGGAGUUUUAUUUGGAGGACUGCCAGAUAAAGUGCAGGUGUAAUGCCCCCUUCGUUUCCUGUUCGGCCCAUGACUGCCCCCCAAUGCAGGAGUGUAAAAACCUGGACGGAGACUUGGGAUGCUAUCCAAUCGCACCACCAACAACUCCUCGUCCAUCAACACCAAAACCAACAACUCCAAGACCUACAACAACCAAACCACCAAAUCCAUGUCCCCCUAAUUCAGAGUAUAUAGACUGUGGUCCAGCUUGUAUUCCCACCUGUAUGGAACCCUCCACCAACUGCACUGGCUCCUGUAUUAGCGGCUGCUUCUGCAAACCAGGGUUUGUCUUUAAGGGGCGGCACUGUGUGCCAUUGGAACAAUGUGGCUGCCUGGAUGACAACAACAACUAUUAUGAGCCUGGUGAGAUUGUUGUCGGUGAUGGCUGCUCAAAGCUGUGUCGCUGUGCAGGGAACUACACUUUGGAAUGUGUUGAUAACUCCUGUGCCGCAGAUGAAGAGUGUCGAGAGGUUAAUGGUGUUUCAGGCUGCUAUCCUAAAGGUACAUCUUCGUGCAUAGCGUCCGGUGAUCCCCAUUACACCACCUUUGACAAACGAAAGUACAACUUCAUGGGUAACUGUAGCUAUUUGAUGUCUGCACCGUGCAAUACAACAUCUCUGCAGUACUUUGAGGUCCAUGCCGACAAUGAAAAUCGUUACAACAGUCCAGCCAUCUCCUAUGUGAAAGCCGUACAUGUGUAUGUACGUCAUGUGAAGAUCUCCAUUCUCAAAGGUGGUACUGUCCAGGUGAAUGGGACCAAUGUUAACCUGCCUGUGUCACCGGCCCCUGAUGUCUCUGUGUACAAAUCUGGAAAGCACUACACAGUGUCCACAGACUUUGGUUUAACUGUUCGCUAUGAUGGAAACCACUUCAUGGACAUUAAAGUUAUUAAAGACUAUCAGGACAUGCUGUGUGGACUGUGUGGAAACUAUGAUGGAGAUACCAAAGAUGAUUUCCGUAAACCAGAUGGAAUAUUGACCAACAGCGCCAAUGAGUUUGGACACAGCUGGAACACUGAUCCAGAGUGUAACAAGAAACCCAACACCACCAUCCCUGGAUGUGAUGAAGAAGAACAGGACCUUUACGAGAGCUCUGGAUACUGUGGCAUGUUGCUGGACAAAAAGGGUCCCUUCGCUGUGUGCCACCCCAAAGUCAACCCCAAUAAUUACUUCAGAGACUGUAUCUUUGAUCUGUGUGAGCUGGAUGGAGCCAAGCCCAUUCUGUGUGAAGCCAUUGAAGCAUACGUCAACGAAUGUCAAGACCGUGGGAUUAACGUUGGACCCUGGAGGAAUGAAACCUUCUGUCCUCUGAAAUGCGCCCCCAACAGCCACUAUGAGUCCUGUGCAGACUCCUGUCAGAACACCUGUUCUGGGAAACCUCCAUCCUGUGGCGGGCCUUGCUCUGAAGGCUGUGUGUGUGAUCCAGGCUACAUCCUGAGUGCUGGAAAGUGUGUCCAGGAGAGUUCCUGUGGUUGCAAACACACUAACGGACAGUACUACGAGCCAGGAGAGGAGUUUUAUUUGGAGAACUGCCAGCUGAAGUGCAGGUGUAUCCCCUUUGUUACCUGUUCUGCCUCUGAAUGCCCCCCAAUGCACGAGUGUAAAAACCAGGACGGAGACCUGGGAUGUUAUCCAACCAGCUCUCAGGACUGCGUGGUGUCUGGAGAUCCUCACUACAAUACGUUUGACAAAAAGUUCUACACCUUCAUGGGGACAUGCACCUACACGCUGGCCAGAAGCUGCCGGAACAGCUCGGGUCCCUGGUUCUCUGUGGAGGCGAAGAACGAGGAGCGAGGAAUGUCAGGUGUGUCGUACCUGAAGAAACUCUACGUGACGGUGGGCGGAGUCACAGUGACCCUGAUGAAGAGCCGGAGGACUCUGGUGAAUGGACUGCGGGUGGCGCUCCCUCACUCCCCCUCCCCCCUCAUGUCCUUGAGUCUGGCCGGGCAGUACGUCACCCUGCAGACCACCUUCGGCCUGACGGUGCGAUGGGACGGGAACCACUACGCUCAGAUCUCAGUGCCCAGCUCCUACUACGACCAGAUGUGCGGCCUCUGCGGCGACUACGACGGGAACCCCAACAACGACUUCACCAAACCAGAUGGCGUCCAGGUCGGGAACGUGAACGACUUCGGGAACAGCUGGCAGACUGCGGAGGAUGAGGACGACUCGUGUACCCCAGGCACCGGCCCUGACCCCGACUGUGACCCCAGCCUGGAGGCCGAGUUCUCCAAACCAGAAAAAUGUGGAAAAAUCAAAGACGUUGACGGCCCGUUCAGAGAGUGCAUCAGCGUGGUGGAUCCCACUCCGUUCUUCCAGAGCUGCGUGUACGACAUGUGUCGCUACGACGGGCUGCAGAGCAUCCUGUGUGACUCUCUGCAGGCAUACACCGACACCUGUCAGAGCGCCGGAGCCAAAGUCCAUCAGUGGAGGACGCCAACCUUCUGCCCACUGACCUGUCCUCCGAACAGCUCGUACUCUGUGUGUGUGAGUUCGUGUCCCGAGACGUGUCUUGGCGUGGUCGGCUCCCCCGGCUGUGAGGACGUGUGUGUGGAGGGCUGCGAGUGUGACCCCGGCUUCAUCCUCAGCAACGACAAGUGUGUGUCUGUGAAGGACUGCGGCUGUGUGGGCGACGGCGGAUCCUAUCACCCCGUGGGCGAUGACUGGUACCUGGAGGGUUGUAAUCAGAAGUGCGAGUGUCACAGCGGAGGUUUGAUUCAGUGUCACAACAGCAGCUGUGCACCGGUCAAUGAGAGCUGCGGGCUGCAAGAUGGAGACUAUGAAUGUCGUCCUGUGGGAUCUGGUAUCUGCACCGUAUCCGGUGACCCUCACUACACCUCCUUCGACAAGCGAACCCACCACUACAUGGGCGCCUGCUCCUACACCCUCACCAAGCCCUGCAACGCGUCCUCCGACUUGCCGUACUUCACCGUGGACACCCAGAACGAGCACAGAGGAAGCAACAAGAAGGUUUCGUACGUCAGAGCGGUGAUGAUCAAUGUGAACGGCGUGCACGUCGUCCUCGGGAAGGGACGCAGGGUGCAGGUGAACGGCACCAUGGUCGUCCCUCCCGUCACCUCCAUCGAUGGAGUUAAGAUCUACCUGAGCGGAAAGUUUGUCGUCCUGGAAACGUCGUUCGGUCUGAGGGUUCGUUUCGAUGGAAACCACCACGCCGACGUCACCGUACCGAACUCGUACUCCGGCCUGCUGUGCGGCAUGUGUGGAAAUUUCAACGAGAACCCGAAAGACGACAACCUGAAGCCAGACAACACACCUGCUGCAAACACCAACGAGCUGGGAGACAGCUGGCAGAUCCCGGACCCCCGCCCUGACUGCACAAACGGAGGAGGACAGGAGGACUGUGACGACGACGUGGAGGAAGACGCCAUGAAGCCCACCAGCUGUGGCAUGAUCACCGAUCCCAACGGUAUCUUUAAGCCAUGUCACUCGGUGGUCUCCCCCGACUCCUUCUUUGAAAACUGCGUGUACGACAUGUGUGCGACGGAGGGGCAGACCGUGGCGUUGUGUCAGGCCAUCGAGAGCUACGCCGACAUGUGCGCUGCUGCAGGAGUCCCCAUCAACUGGAGGAACAACACCUUCUGUCCCCUGAAGUGCCCUCCUGGCAGUAGUUACACCCCCUGCGGCCCCGCCUGUUCCCAGCCCAGCUGUCAGAAUCUGGCGGGCUCCGGAGGGUCCUGUAACCAGCCGUGUGUGGAGGGGUGUGUGUGCAACCCGGGUCUGGUCCUCAGCGGGGACAAGUGUGUCCCUCCCAGCGAGUGUGGCUGCACAGACGAGGGCGGGAAAUACCGACCGGUUGGAGACUCGUGGUUCUCGGAGCUCGACUGCUCGGAGCGCUGUAAGUGUAACAGCUUCAACAACGUGACCUGUCAGCCGUGGGUGUGCAGCCCCGCCCAGGAGUGUAAGGUGGUGGAGGGCGUUCUGGACUGUCACUCUACAGGUAAAGGUGUGUGCAUGGUGGCCGGAGAUCCUCACUACUACACCUUUGACGGAGUGAUGCACACCUUCAUGGGCACCUGCACCUACACGCUGGUGGAGGUGUGCAACACCACCCAGGUAACUGACUUCACCAUCGUGGCCAAAAACGAGGAGCGUGGUCAGCCCCAGGCGUCGUACAUCCGCUCUGCUAAGAUCUACCUGCCGGGUGAGCAGGUGGUGGAGCUGCAGAAGAGCCGCAGAGUUCUGGUGAACGGACGGCGAGUCAGAACGCCGGUCACCAUCGAGAAGGCCGGAGCCAAAGUGAUCACGAGCGGCGUCUACAGUCUGCUCGACACUGACUUCGGUCUGCAGGUGAAGUUUGAUGGAGUCCAUCAGCUGGAGAUCACGGUGCCCGGAGAAUACUUCAACAAGCUCUGCGGCAUGUGUGGAAACUACAACCACAACUCCACCGACGACGACCGGAUGCCCAACAAGAAACCAGCCAAGGACGCCAUCCAACUGGGAAACAGCUGGAAGGCGGAGGGAGACAGCGACCACGGCUGUACGCCCGACACCCGCCCUGACAUCCACCCUAACUGCACCACAGAAGAAGAGACUCAGUUUGAGGCUCAGUGCAGCUCCGUCAUCCUCUCAGACACCUUCAAGCCCUGUCACUCUCUGGUGCCCCCGGAGGCCUUCCUGGGUAACUGCAUCUACGACAUGUGCGAGUACGACGGCAUGGAGGCGACGCUUUGUGACAACGUGGAGUCGUACGCUCAGGCGUGUCAGAGCGCCGGCGUGACGGUCAGCUGGAGGAACAACACCUUCUGUCCUCUGCCCUGCCCCCCCAACAGCCACUACUCAGACUGCACGGCCCCCUGCCCCCCCACCUGCUCCGACCUGUUCCCCAUCUUCUGCCACCUCCCACCGACCACCUGUGUGGAGGGCUGUCAGUGCGACGCUGGGCACGUGCUCAGCGACAACAAUUGCGUCCCGCUGGACCGCUGUGGCUGUCUGGACCAGGACGAAGAGUACCACGACGUGGGAGACUCAUGGCUGACAGAUAAAUGUACAGACAGUUGUACCUGUGAGAAGGGCGGUAAAAUCACCUGUAAAGACCACAGCUGCAACCCCAACUCCCUGUGUGCGCUGGACAACCUAGGAGACCUUUACUGCAAACCCACUAAGUUCAACAGGUGCUCCGUCUCCGGGGAUCCUCACUACAGAACCUUCGACGGCUUCACUCAUCACUACCAGGGUCCCUACACCUACAUCCUGACUCAGGGUCACAACGUGGAGAACGUCAACCUGCAGCCCCUGCAGGUGAGGGGGAAGAACAUCCGGCGCGGCGGGAACAGGAGGGUGUCCUUCCUCGACCAGAUGUACAUUACCGUGUAUGGCGUGGAAGUUCGAUUCCUGCAGAAGAAGACGGUCCUGGUGAACGGCGAGCGUGUAGCCCCGCCCCUCAGCCCCGUGGACGGUUUGACCAUCACCAUGAACUCCAGGCAGGUUCAGCUCAGCACCGACUUUGGACUCACGGUGCGCUUUGACGGAAACAGUCGAGGAGAGAUCAUCCUGCCGAGCACCUACACCAACCAGGUGAGAGGUCUGUGUGGAAACUACGACGGGCUGACCAGGAACGAGUACAUGAAGCCAGACGGCGUCGUGGUCAGAAACCUGAACACGUUCGGAGACAGCUGGAGGACCACCGACAGACAGACGGGCGCCGUGAGGAGCUACGACCGUCCCCACCCUCACACCAUCCACAGACGUGAGACGGAGACAGAUCCAGAUAACGGCUUUGAGACGUCAGGCUGCUCUCAGUCUCAGCUCGAGGAGCUCAACAGUGCGUCUCAGUGUGGCGCUCUGUCCGACCCCACCGGGGUGUUCUCACUCUGCCACGAGGGGCUGCCGCCAAAACCCUACCAGGAUGACUGUGUGUUCGACCUGUGUGCGGAGCAGGGCAGUGCAGAGCUGCGCUGUGCCAGCUAUGAAGCGUACGCUGCAGCCUGUCAGGAGACCGGAGUGAAAUUGGGAGCCUGGAGGAGACAACUGGGCUGUGUCCUCUCCUGCGGUGCAAACAGUUCUUACUCCACCUGCAUGUCCCCUUGCCCCGCCUCCUGCGCCAACCUGGCGGCUCCCUCCGAGUGUGACGUCACUUCCUGUUCCGAAGGCUGCAAGUGCGACGCAGGCUUCGUGAUGAGCGAGGGCGUGUGUGUGCCGUACACGCAAUGCGGCUGCACCUUCAUCGACAGAUAUUAUCCUCUGAGUGAGAAGUUUGUGACGGAGGAUUGUUCUCAGGCCUGUGAAUGCACCACCACCGGCGCCGUGUGUCAAUCGAAGGGCUGCCAGAAAGGAUACGUGUGCACCAUCUACGAGUUCAAACGAGACUGCUACAGAGAGAGUCCCUGCCUCAGUUACCCGUGUCAGAACGGAGGAACGUGCGAGAUGAGCACCAACAACACCUACACCUGUCAGUGUGUGGACGGCUUCUCAGGCUCCAACUGCGAGGUGGAGAUCACGCCGCCCCCCGAAGGAGGACUCGAGACAAAGUGGAUCAUCCUGAUUGCCGUGCUCGUCUCCCUCACCGUCAUCAUCAUCGUCGUGAUCACCGUCGUGUGUGUCUGCAGGAACAAAUCGAGGAAGAAGAAGAUGAUGACUGAUCCCACAAACAUGAGCAUGACAUCUUCACCAAGCAUUCCUUAUAAAAACAUUGACGAUGAGAGUAAAGACAAGGCGACCAACAUGUGAAGAAAAACGGGCGCUUUGUGAACUGAACUGAACAAAUGUGCGUCCUCUAAGGAGACAAGAAACCGUCGCUAAUGGAAGAAUGUUGUGUUUUUGUGAAUGUUGUUGUUUUGCUUUCUUAACUUAUGCUUUGAAAUGAUAUGAUAUUUAGUCCGAUGUGUUUAAUCAGGAGAAACCGUGAGAAUGUUCAUCUGUAUUUUUAGAAUUAAAUGCUUAUUAAGAAAACGUU